AUGAACGAGACCAACACCACAGGAAUGGAUCCUGAGCUUCACUGGACCGACAUAUUCCUGCUGUUCGUGAAAGCAACCAUUAUGGGUUCCAUAAUAAUACUAUCGAUUUUCGGUAAUCUUCUAGUCAUUGUUUCCGUCAUGAGGCAUCGGAAGUUGAGGAUAAUCACAAACUACUAUGUUAUUUCGCUGGCGUUAGCUGACAUGCUAGUGGCGAUGUUUGCUAUGACGUUUAACUUCAGUGUGCAGAUUUUUGGAGAGUGGGUUUUCGGUUACUUUAUGUGCGACGUCUGGAACUCGCUGGACGUCUACUUCUCCACAGCAUCCAUAUUGCACCUGUGCUGUAUAAGUGUUGACAGAUACUAUGCUAUAAUUAAACCCCUUCAAUAUACAUUGAGUAUGACGAAGAAGGUUGUUGCCAUCAUGAUAUUAAGUAUAUGGAUAAGCCCAGCUUUUAUCAGCUUUGUGCCGAUAUUUUUGGGUUGGUACACAACCACAGAAAAUCAGGAAAACCGUAAGAAAAACGAGCGAGAAUGCGAGUUCAUCGUCAAUAAAUUCUACGCCGUCAUCAGCAGUAGUAUAUCGUUUUGGAUUCCGUGCACCAUAAUGAUAUUUAUGUACCUCGCAAUCUUCAAAGAAGCCAACAAGCAAGAGAAAGAGAUGUUUAAUCGACAUGGUGCCGCCUUACUUCUGCACCAAAAUAACACCAACGGAGAUAUGCUAUCUAAUUCUGGCGGAUCGUCAAAAACCUUAACCCUCCACGAAGUCAACCAAGAUCUUCAUCACACUCCAACAAAAGAGCGCAACAUAAUAAAAAUGAAACGCGAACACAAAGCAGCCCGCACCCUAGGCAUCAUAAUGGGUAUCUUCAUGUUAUGUUGGCUACCAUUCUUCAUCUGGUACGACACAGUCUCUUUAUGCAGCUCAUGCGAAAGCCCAGAUGUAGUAGUCACUAUUGUAUUCUGGAUUGGAUACUUCAACUCAACCCUGAACCCUUUAAUAUACGCAUACUUCAACAGGGACUUCAGGGAAGCCUUUAAAAACACGCUGCAGUGCGCUUUUUGUAGCCUUUGCAGACGUCCGCCUUCCGAUCUAGACAUCAUCGACAUCAGAAGGCCCUCUAUAAGGUACGAUGACAGAACUCGCAGUAUCUACUCGGAGACUUACUUGAAGCACUCAGAUAGGAGGUGUUCGGAGUUCGGGUCGUCCCUUUGA